UUUUCAAAUAACUUGUAUUGUAAACCUUUCAACUGAGUUUCAUUUCCAUGGAUCCAAUUAGACAAGUCUAACAGCAAUAUUCUCAGGUAUGUCCGGGAGACUUGAGAAGCGUUUCUUGAAUUGUUUGAUUUUCGCGGCUUGUUUGGUAACGAAACUCAUACUGAGGAUAUUGCCCGAGAAUACCAAAUAUAAUAAGCCACAAAGUUUUGAACAAGCAAGCCCAGUUGUGUCCUCUUGGUGGACACGUGGCGUGUCACAAAGUCAAAGUGUGUCUAUAAAUGUUACAAACUAAGCAAUAAACAAUUAUUCUGUCGAUGAUCACUACGAAAAAUGUAAAAACCAUAAAAACCAUUAAUAAAGUUAAACAUUUAACAGGUUACUGCUCCCAGUAAUUGUUCCUACGAAAGUUGCCGAUAAUUUUUAUAAAUACCGGCUGAUUGAAUAUUAUAAACGACAUUACGCUUUAAACCUUUAAUGUGUUAAAAUACGCCUUUGAAAACUUACAGUAUAUGUAAAAGCCGGAAAGAAAAAAAUUGAUUAAAAAAAGAAUUGAGUAAAAUUAGAUAAUAAAAGUUAAAAAUCCUAAAAUCUAAAAAAAAAAAUUGUGUUUUUUCUAUAUAUUAAUGAAAUUAUUUGUAUAAAUCAUGUUGGUGCGCAAAGUGUUCGAAAACGCUUUUAAAUCAGAGCUUUGGGGUUUUGCCGCAGUCUCUCUUCUGGUUUUCAUUGUCUAUGUGCUCAGAAAUUAUUUAAAAUCAAUUAUUCUAGCGCUAAAACUUCCCGGCCCUCCGGCGGUGCCUUUAUUGGGUAAUUGUUUAUUAAUUAAAGAAAAGGAUUUUUUGCGUAACACCGUUAGUACCGCUUUUGGUUUGUACGGUUCAUUGAUACGUGUCUGGGUUCUGUUUUUCCCCUUCUUCUUGGUCCUCCAGCCCGAUGACUUGCAAUUGAUACUCGCUUCAAAAAAGCAUACAAAUAAAACAUUUUUCUAUCGUUUUAUGCACAAUUUCUUGGGUAAUGGAUUAAUAACACGCAAUGGAGAGCAAUGGCACACACAUCGUCGUCUAAUACAACCAACUUUCCAUUUAAGCUUUUUGGAACGUUUCAUUAGUACAUUUGCUGAUGCCUCACAAAGUCUCUUCGAAUCGUUAAAUCCCUUUGAUAAUCAAGAGAUUAACGUAACAAAAUAUGUCAAUAAUUGCGUAUUGGAUAUAUUGAAUGAGGCGGUUUUGGGUAUACCUGUGAAAAAAAAGAAAUACUAUACGGAUAUGGAAAAAUCGCCAUUUAGACAGGGUAAACUUAUUGUGUCGCAACGUUUCUUCAAACCAUGGCUUCUAUUCAAUGGCAUCUAUCGGUUGACAAAGUUAUCGAGCGAAGAGUUGGCGCAGAAUCGUCGUCUAAAUGAGUUUACACGUAAAAUAGUCAAACAACGUCGUGAUUUAAAAGGGAACAACAACAACGAUAACGAGAUGAAAUGCCUGCUGGAUUAUAUGAUUGAGUUAUCGGAUAACAAUCCUCGAGAAUUCACUGAAGAAGAUAUCGUUAACGAAGCUUGCACUUUUAUGUUGGCCGGACAGGAUUCUGUCGGUGCUGCAACAGCCUUCACUUUAUACCUACUGGCUCAAAAUGAUGAUUGUCAGAAAAAGUGUUGGAAUGAAAUUGAACAUAUAUUUGGACAUGAUCAGCGGCCGCCAACUAUGCAGGAUCUACGCGAAAUGCGUUAUUUGGAAAUGUGCAUAAAGGAGUCGUUACGACUGUAUCCCAGUGUACCACUGCUAGCUCGUCAAUUGGGCGAAGAAGUGCGUUUAUCAAAAUACACUUUACCGGCGGGUAGUAAUGUUUUCAUUUGCCCUUACGCUACUCAUCGUUUACCUCAUAUCUAUCCGAAUCCUGAAAAGUUUAUUCCAGAACGUUUCGCUAGCGAAUACAAUGAAGAACGGCAUCCAUAUGCCUACUUGCCUUUCAGUGCAGGUCCCCGAUAUUGCAUCGGUAAUCGUUUUGCUUUAAUGGAAAUGAAAACAAUUAUUUCUCGAUUACUACGCAGUUUCGAUAUACUAAAGGUAGAAAACAAGAGUGAUCUAACAGCUAUUUAUCGUGUAACGUUAAGAGCUUCCGGUGGCUUAUGGGUGCGUUUAAGAUCAAGAGAGUCGAAACUAAUGGUUUACAGUAGUUAAGCCAGGGAGAUAGACUAUAGUUUUAAGUAAUGUAAGUAAAAUUUUAAAAGUUAACUGACAUAAUCAUACCGUGAAUACUGCAUUUUGCUUGUUAAGGUUUAAAAGCCGAUCUGUAUAUAUAUAUAUAUAUAUUGGGCCAGUAUUUUCUCUAUUAUCUCGCGUCAUUUAUUCUGAUUUUUAAGGUAUUUGUUUUUAAAUUUGAAAUUUUUUUUUUCGAGUAUGUAGUAGUUUUUUAUGGACUGACACCUUUAAUCGUAAGGUCUGUAAGUCCAAUGUACAAAUAGUUUAUGUGACGUAUAAAAAACGAUGGAUUAAAGAAAAUUUUUCCUAAACCAUAAACAAGAGCAACUAAGAAAAUUAUAUUCGGUCGUGAACGAAGGUUUUAUACUCAGCACAGUCACCCUAAAAAAGACAAAUAAAAAAUUAUAUGCUCUAAUAAUUCUUGCUCUAUAAUAUGGAGUGGGCGCGGCUGAU